AGAGUGCGAAGCUGCACAGUCCUUGAAAUGGCCAUUUGUUAAGAUUGAGCUGCAACCUGGAAGCCCUCACAGAUUUCCUGAUAAUGCAGUCUGCAAUGGAGAAGCUCAGCAACAUGGGAAGUGUUGCCAAAAAGAAGCUCAAAAUUUGUAGAGCCAAACUCGACGAGAAGGUGCAAAAAGCGUCGGCGAAGACAGCGGAGGAGAGAAAGAUUGCGGAGGAGCGGAGGAAGGCGGCGGAGGCAGAGGCGAAGCGGGAGCUACACGAGGCGAAAGCCCGACAUGCUGCUCAAAAGCUAAGAACUAGGCAGUCACAUGUAGUUGGCCACCGUUUACACCAUCAGCCACCGGUGGAGGGGGGCAGCGCCGCCAAUGUUCCCGCUUAUCCUAUAGCUAGUCCGGAGGGCUACUACCCUGGACAUAGAAUUUAACCUUUGUAGAACUUAUUGAUGUAAUUAUUGCAUUAUUGGGUGAUUAAGCCUUAGUUUAAUAUGUACUAUUACGAGUUAUUAUGGGUUAUGUUAAGGAUGAU